AUGUGGAGGAAGAGGCCGAUCAUGGAAGGCCGGAACAGAAUUGAUCAACUGGUCCGGAUUUUUGAGCUAUGUGGAUCUAUACAUUUCGCAUAUUGGCCGGAUGUGGUAAACUAUGAGUUUUUUGACAGAAACGUUUUGCCUCUGAACUGCAGGAGAAACAUCUUGCCACGCCUAGGGACUAUAAUUAAUGAUGAGGAGAUCCUUGAAAUGAUCGACGAGAUGUUAGUAAUCAGUCCACAUUUUCGUCGACCUCUAUUCAAGACGCUAGACUGGCUUCAUUAUAUAAGUAGAGUCGAUUAUCAGCCUUGGGUUCUCCGACCAAUGCUGGAGAGAUAUAGGAAUUGUACCGGAGAAGACUUCCCGCGUCUGGACUUAUUGGAUGAUGAUCAUUGA